UCCCACGAGACAUAUCAUUUAUCUAUGCGUCUCAUUUGAGGAGGCUGUCCCCCCCUUUGGAAAUCAGUCGCGUAACAAAACGCUCCUGACCUUAUUGUUUCAACCCCCCGCGCUACGCAUCAUCUCAAGGGGGCAUCAUCAUGGACUCCACAUUCGCUGUUCCCGCGCUACCACGUCGAGAAGGACACGGAUCAAGACCAUUGAGCAUGUCCAAAACACAAAACCUAUCGGGUUCGCCGCUCACCUCGGAUCAUCACCAUCCAGAAGCCAAGCAGGUCAACAACAGUGGUGCAAAUCGACUCAAACGUCUUUCCCUCGUCGCUCGGCCUCCCAUCAGAGAAGCUCCAGCCAGUCCUCAACGGGCUCCAGGUCACACCAACACCACUCCUUCCACGCCUGGUCCGCAACCUGCUGGCGGACCAUCUCAUCGUCGAGCGAUGGGCAUGCGAAGCAGUAUCUCCUAUUCGCCUGCAUUGGCUCGGCGAGAGGCAUCUUCACACGAGGAGACCAGGAGCGAGUUUGAAACGUGGGCAGAGGAACGGGGAUACUUUGGGGAGAUGAUCGCGGGCCCGAGUCGAUCGAGUGGCAAACGAAGCUCUGUGCAGAGUCUGGAGGGUUCAUGCCCGGAAGCGAAGAACAAAGACGACGACAGGCGAGGAGAGACGUUUGUGGAGAGACACGCCGAUCUCCUCACCCUCAUCGCACAGAAAGAACGACGGGUCAACGACCUCCGCCAAGAACUGGCCUCCCAAGAAGCCUCUCUCAACCAAUUAAAGACCCGAUGGACAGCCAUCAUCUCCAAGUCUGCCCCACCAGCACCGUCUCGACCGGUCCGGGCUGGCCACCAUCCAUUAUCGGGCACAUCCACCAUUCGACCUUCCCCCAUCGAACCGCCUCAGACGCUUGCAGCUGACCCUGGUCCUGCUGCAGAGCACGCCACAGGUACAAACUCCACCGCUCUGACUCCAUCAGAUGGUCAAUCUCUCGCUUCGUUCAUCACCAGUCUCGGAACCACGCCGGAAGGUCUGCUGGGACAAGACACGAUCGAGGGAGGGAAACGAUUCUGGACUCAACUCGUCAAAACUGUCAGCGCAGCUGCGGGAGGCACGGUGCCGGAUGCCCAGUCUCCACAACCUUCUAAAGUCGACAUGUGAGUGUGCCCAUCAUCGUAGCCUCUCGCUCAUUCGUCAAGUGGCCCUCUCAAAUCCAUGCUCGCUUGGCCAUCUGAGCCUUCGAGACCUGCCUUGCCUGCAAAUGCCUCCCGAUUGAACAAGAAACGACCCCCUGCAGACCUGACACCUAGUUCAUCUCUUGCUUCCGUGACGACGUCCUCUGCUUCGGUGACUGACAUAGACCUACUGGGUGACCUCGACGACGAUGCGCAACCACUGUCUGAAUCUAGUCUUGCCAGCUUGUCCUCGAUCAAACAACGGGACGAGACGGACGAGGCGUGGGGAUGGUAGAAUGGGAUAAUGCAGCUACCGUUAAUUUCGGCGUUAAGCGUUUUGCCACUCGCAACGCGCCACAUUGAAUCUCUUCAUUUUUAACGCCGGAUCUCAUCCUCAUAUCUCCGAUAGCCUUCCGAGGUCCUGCAUGCAUAGCUCGCCAGU